AUGGCCGGUUCACGAGAGAGAUUGAUCUACGACCGACAUUUGGAUUACGGCUACGAAUACGAAAGACGAAGGCGACACGAUUUCAGCCGAUUUGAAACGCAUCGAACGGAAGAUACUAGAGUCCAACCAGAUCGGUACAACCAGGUCGGUCGACCAAGACGCAAAAACGGAUACGUCUAUGAAGACAUUUAUUCAGAUUUCGACGAGGCUCAAGGUCGUCUAUCAUUGUUCAGACCAAUCAGACCUGAAUAUCUAAACUUACAAUCGACCUACGACAAUAAGUACAAUUCAUUGCCUCGUAGCCACUACUAUAAUGAUGAUAGAAGUCGUCGAUAUAAAAAAGAUUAUUACGACUUCAGAAUCGAAGAUGAAAGGAGGAGACCGCGGGAAUCUUAUGAUAUAUACAAACAGAAUAGAAUCGAAACUAAUCGAAACGAGAUUAGAUUAAAAGAUCGAAGAGCUAAUUCGAACGAUUCCAGAAUUGUACGAGAAAAGCCGAAGAAUGUAGCAGUUUGUAAGCCGCUUCGUUUGACCGAACGAAACGCUAAAUAUUGGACGACAGACCCACCGGAGAUAGAUCGAAAACCGAAACGUGACGAAACGAAAAAAAUCGUUAAAUUCUCCGAAGUAUCUGGUUCUCGGAAAAUGGUUAUCGACGAUCCGGUGUGUGGGCGGAAAGUGGUCGCAGUGCGUGAGCUAGAGGUUUCGUUGGACCAAAUGAUACAGAACGGGUAUUUCGAGAAACACAAUAUACCGAUACAAUUGCCCGAGAAAAAGGACGAUGCCAAAGUUUCUGUUCCAAACGGUAAAUGUGUAACAGGGAGUGAAACGCAAGCUCCGCGUAAAUCACGACAUUUGCCGCAGGUGAUAGCAGCCCUAGCGGUAUCCCUGGCCCCGUUCUCAGCUGGACUGGGCAAGGGCUACAGUUCGCCAGCGAUAGCCUCUCUGCAGGGACCUGGUAACGCUACAAGGAGAGAUUUCCAGCUGACAGACCAGCAAGCGUCGUGGCUCGCAUCCUUGUCAUUUCUUGGUGCACUCUUCGGCGGCAUGGCGGGCGGUGCUGCGAUGCGGCACGGCAGACGUCGAGUUCUGUCGUUAGCUGCAGCGCCUUGUAGCUUAUCCUGGCUACUCACGGUACUGGCUACUUCCGUCAGAAUGAUGUGCAUCACUGCCUUCUUGGGAGGGUUCUGCUGUUCUAUACUUACGAUGCUGUCACAGGUUUACAUCAGCGAAAUAUCAGUGCCAGACAUACGCGGGUGCCUCAGCGCUGUAUUGAAGAUCGUCGGUCAUCUUGGAGUUUUGUUCAGUUUUACUAUUGGCGCCUAUCUUGAUUGGCAGCAGCUGGCAUUAUGCAUAUCCGCUGCUCCCCUGCUUCUCUUCUGCACAGUGCUUUACAUACCAGAAACACCAAGCUAUCUCGUAUUAAUCGGCAAAGACGAAGAAGCCUACAAAAGCCUCCUUUGGUUAAGGGGACCAAACUCUGAUGUUGCUCAAGAAUUGGCCACUAUAAGGACCAAUGUUUUGGCCAGUAAAAACUUCAGCCAACGCCAGAGUCAAAUGUCUAGUAGCCAGCUUAUUAAUUCGUUGGACGUAAGAACUAUGAAUCGUCUUCUUGGACCUAUAUUGGUGACGUGUGGAUUGAUGAUGUUCCAACGUUUUUCUGGCGCUCAUGCUUUCUCUUUCUAUGCUGUCCCGAUAUUUAGAAAAACUUUCGGUGGAAUGAAUCCUCAUGGAGCGGCUAUUGCUGUCUCUUUUGUGCAACUGCUUGCGUCUUGCCUUUCUGGUCUAUUGAUUGACACUGUUGGUCGUCUACCCUUACUAAUCGUUAGUUCAGUGCUCAUGUCGAUGGCAUUAGCUGGUUUUGGAAGUUAUGCCUAUUACGAGGAGGUUCAUAGGAAUCAAAGAAUACAAAACGUAAUGUUCCAUCAAACGGUUGGUCAAAAUGAUUGGAUUCCCUUGCUCUGUGUCCUCGUGUUUACGAUCGCGUUCUCUUUAGGUAUGAGUCCGAUAUCCUGGCUUUUGAUUGGUGAAUUAUUUCCUUUAGAAUACAGAGCGUUUGGAAGUGCUAUGGCCACGGCCUUCAGCUAUCUCUGCGCUUUCGUUGGUGUUAAAACCUUUGUAGAUUUCCAACAGGCUCUUGGAUUGCAUGGUGCGUUUUGGUUGUAUGCAUCUAUAAGUGUCGGUGGACUGUGUUUUGUUGUAUGUUGUGUUCCCGAAACGAAAGGAAGAGAUCUAGACGAAAUGGAUCCAAAUUACGUACAAAGUCUGUCGCCAAAAAGGUAAGUCAAUAUAGGUGGAACUAAAUGACUACUUGAAAUCAAACUAUUUCUUUUCUUCAUAAGAUUAUAUCUUAUCUCUACCAAUAGAACACCGUUAUAAUAAAGUUGGUAUAUAUUUAGCUAGAAGAGAAUUAAUAUCGUUGUUUUCAAGUAAAAAAAAAAUAAAAAAUAAUAACAAAACUAGGAACAAAUAAAAUAUUCGAAUCCACCACAAAGUUUUGGCUGUGCUUUUAAAAGUAAAACGAUGAACAUAGUCACUAAAUUUAUACAUACGUGGUCCUUUUUGAUUGUAGACUUUUAGGAAAUUAAUAUUAUACCUUUUUGCAUAUCCUCAGAACCAUAUCUACUUAGAAUUAUUUCUAAUUACUGAAACAAUCAAAAAAAAUUCUGUAAAUUCAGUUUGAUAUAUCAAAAAUUCUAUGCGAGAUAAAUUGGGUAUUAUUUUGCACUUGCUACAAAAUAAUGUGCAAAUACUUCUAAAGUUAUUAGAAUUUUAUUUAUGCUUUUAUUGUCUUUAUUACAACAAAAAAAAAACGUUAUUUUUUAAACAAAAAAACGUUAAUUUAAUAUUUUGACAAACGUGUAUUUCCGGAAAAUCAAACUGAAUUGACAGAUAUUUAGUAUGAUUUAAAAACCUUAUAUCUUUACAUUUGAUCUAUAUUCCUCCUUUCCGUUAUAAAACGAUUGAUAGAAUUAUAAAUGUUUCACAAUAGUUACGAUAACAUUGAACUGAUUUCAAGUUGAGAUUAUGCUAAUAGUUUACAUAAAAUUUGUAGCUACAGAUUAUAUACUACUUAUCUGAGGGGGUGGCGUUGUAUGCCGUUACACAGGUUUUUCUGGUAUGACGGCAGAGACAUCCUAAAUAUAAUAAAUAAUUGUUAAAUUACUUUGUUGCUACUAAAGCUACAUCUAAGUGGAAAUGUAAAUCUUUUUUUUGGAAAUAUGAAGUCUUAUUAUUAUUAUUAUUACAAUCAA